AUGUCCAUACAGCCUCACUGCUUGAUUCUCUGCCAUUUAGGGGUUAAAUCACUUUUAUUUCUAUAUAUGCAGCCUUGGUCACUUCUCCCCUGGCUGUGAACCACAUCCAUAAAAAAAAAUAAAAAAAUAUGGUUUCAUUUUCCUUCUGAUGUUACUGUGUUUACUUUACCACUAUCUCCUGCUCUGUUGCCAGCUUUCACAGGCUACUAGCAGAGCUGGAGAUAAGAAAUUUUACAUGAAAGAGUUGCUCCAACCAAAAACAUUGUUUUGAUACAACACUGUUUUUAGUUAUAUUAACCCUUUCUGGAAUGGUUCCUCCUGUAUAGAAAGAAAAACAUGAAAACAUAAAUAAAGGCUAAACUUACCUGCAAUCCCACUCAGAGGCCGUUUUUUCCCUGCAGCCUUGUUCCAAAGGGAGAUAUGUACCAGAGGACUGUGCAUGCUGAUGACAGACUCCCAGUAUGCAUAGAAUUAACAUUAGUGAGCCAGGAAGUAUCGUUCUGGGCUGACUAAUGAUAAUGCAAGUGGUGAAGUUACACCUCUGGCAGUAAAGUACUUAAAUGGACACUAUAGUCACCAGAACAACUACAGCUUAUUGUAUUUGUUCGGGUGAGUAGAAUCAUUACCUUAAGGCUUUUUGCAGUAAACACUGUCUUUUUAGAGAAGAUGCAGUGUUUACAUUACAGCCUAGUGAUAACUCCAUUGGCGACUCCUCAGAUGGCUGCUAGAGGUGCUUCCUGGGGCAGUGCUGCACAGUGAACAGCACUGCCAUUUGGUGUCUCCACCCCCUGCAUGCAGACACUGAACUUUCCUCAUAGAGAUGUAUUAAUUCAAGUCAUCUCUACGAGGAGAUGCUGAUUGGCCAGGGCUGUCCAAUUUGACUUGUGCUGGCUCUGCCCCGAUCUGCCUCCUUGACAGUCUCAGCCAAUCCUAGGGGAAAGCAUUGCGAUUGGCUCACAUAAUCCCUUCUGAUUAUGUAAUUGCAAGCAGGCAGGUCAGAGGCAGCAGUUGCAGACCUGAAUACAAGUACGAUUUUACUAUAUUUAUGGAGGCCAGAGGGGUGCUAGAAUGUGAUUUUAACACUAUAGGGUCAGGAAUGCAUGCUUAUGUUCCUAAACCCUAUCGUGUUCCUUUAAAUUCAGUUUGUGCAGCAUAAAUGGUACACAUACAGACUUAAAGCACCAUGACCAUUUCAAAUCACCAAAGUGGUCCUGGUACUCGGAGUAACCCUUUAAAUGCGCUGUGCAGUAAGGGACGCUAAAAAAUGAUGGAUUCCUUUUCACAGUAUGUAGGGAGACCGAGUGGGUCACAUGCAGGGGAGGUGUGGCUAAAGCUACAUAAGCAAAGCGAAUUGAGCAGUGACACUGGAGGGACACGAUUUAUAAACCAAAAACUGUUUAAUUAAGCUAAUGUUAUUUUUUUUUUUGAAUUUGACAAUUUUUAUUUUACUUACAGUAAGGGUCGGGGGAGGGAAGCUAAUGUUAUUUUGAUGAUCAGAGGGUCCCUUUAACGGACAUCCACAAGAAUUAGGAAUUUUAGGCUAAAAUAGUAAAUUUGGAAGAAUAGCUGAGCUGGGUUUUCCAAGCUCUGCUAUUUAGCCUAACAUUUGCAAUCUCCUUGUUCAUUGUUGACAAUUUACAAGUUUAUGAAUAACCCUGUCAGCAAAUUUAGUUUAUUUUUAAAAUACCGUAUAUACUCGAGUAUAAGCCGAGUUUUUCAGCACAUUUUGUGGCUGAAAAACGCCCACUCGGCUAAUACUCGAGUCAAGGUCUGUAUUAUGGCAACUUACAUUGCCAUAAUACAGACCAGGACCGCCGGGCUCAUUACAAGCCCGUCGGUCCUGUUGGGGGCUGACAGAGAGCUGUUACUUACCUUUACAGCAGCUCCUGUCAGCUCCCUUCUCCUCCAUGCAGCUCCUCUGUCAGCUCCGUUCUGCUCACAGUGUAAGUCUCGCGAGAGCCGCGGGUGUCACGAGACUUACACUGUGGGCAGAACGGAGCUGACGGAGGAGAAGGGAGCUGACAGGAGCUGCAGGAAGGUAAGUAACAGCUCACUGCCGGCCCCCCCACUGAACAGCCAAUGCCACUGGACCACCAGGGAUUCAAUAUUAUUAUUUUAAUAUUAUAUUAUUUUAAUAAUAUUAUUUUAUUAUUAUUUUAAUAUUUGCAUUAUUUUUUUUUUAAAUGUUUUUUUGUCCCUCCUCCCUGCUUGUUGCCUGGCCAGGGAGGGGGGACAAAAAAGCAUUUAAAAAUAUUAAAAUUAUAAUAAUAUAAUAAUAAAAUAAUAUUAUUAAAAUAAUAUUAAAAUAAUAAUAAAAUAAUAUUAUUAAAAUAAUAUAAUAUUAAAAUAAAAAUGCCCUCCCCUCACCCAGUUUACACCACUGCACAAACACACACACAUAUAUACACACACACACACACACACACACACUGCAUUAUACACACACUGCAUUCAUUAUAUAUACACACACUGCAUUCAUUAUAUACACACACACUCUGCAUUCAUUCUAUACACACACUAAAUAAAUAUUCAAUGAAUGUAAUUUUAUUGGGAUCUAAUUUUAUUUAGAAACUUACCAGUAGCUGCUGCAUUUCCCACCCUAGGCUUAUACUCGAGUCAAUAAGUUUUCCCAGUUUUUUGUGGUAAAAUUAGGGGCCUCGGCUUAUAUUCGGGUCGGCUUAUACUCGAGUAUAUACGGUAGUGACAUAAAAAAAUGAAUCAACUUGGCUGUUUGUUCUGCUUGGCCAACAGCCUUCAAUUUGACAGAUCUACUGGUCAGUCCCCACUAAUUCCCAGUUUAUCGAAUAACCCAAUAAAUGUAACAGCACCACGAAUUGUACGUCAGAGUGAGUUGUGCAGGAGCUAGAUUUAGGAUAAUGCCAUAAAAAGUUCAGUCCGGAAUGGACCAUGGUAGCUGCUUUAGAUCAAUGGCUCAGCUUUUGGGAAGUUCUUUAUCUGUGUAGGGAUUGGUAGAGCAUUUCUGAAAUUAUCCAAUAAAUAUACAUUGUGGUGAGUGCUCCUUCGUAUACAAUUCAAAUAAAUACAUGUUUUUGUUUACACUCUUGUGCAUUAUUUAUUUACAUAACUUGCAAACCGUACCUUGCGUACCCCCAGCAGUUUGGUGUUUUAUGAAUAUACCCAAUGGAACAAAACUGGAAAAUCUCUACAACUUAAACAGUUAAAGUCUAUGAAUACUGGUUUGGUAAUCAUCUCUGUAGAUAAAACAUAUAUAAUUAUUAUUAUAAAAAAUAUUUAAAGCAGCAGUUGCAAGUGUAGCUUGAGAAAAGGGGUUUAUAAAACUGAUAAUAUAGUAAAGGGUAUCUGAAAUUACUCAGAUAUGUCGUUCUAAAGUACAAAAAAACAAUUUGCCCGAGAUCCGAGGAAGUGCGCACAUCCCCUAGUCUUUUCGCGCAAUAAAGAUUACAUAACUUGCUCUUUUACUAUAUAGAACAACUCUAGCCACCCAGAUAUACAUAAAAGUACAUAUGUAUGUAAUGUCUAUAUGUAAUAAUCCUAAAAACGUAAUAAUGAUAAUAUAUGCGUAAAGUUUUGGUGUAUAGAUCAUGCCCCUGCAAUCUCACUGCUAAAAUCUCUGCCAUUUAGGAGUUAAAUCACUUUGUUUAUAUUGCAGUAGUCACAUCUUCCUGCAUGUGACUUGCACAGCCUUCCUAACACUUCCUGUAAAGAGACAUCUAAUAUUUAAACUCCCUUUAUUGCACAGUCUGUUUAAUUUAGAAUUUCUUAUCUCUUGUUCUUAAUAACAUGUGACAGCUGUUAGGAGCCUGUUUGUGAUUUUAUUAAAGACACAGGGGCUCCUAUUAUGCAUAACUCUUUCUUUAUUCCCUCAGCAGCAAAGACAGAGGAAUAUAAAUAUUAUCAAAACGAAAGGAAAAAAAACUGUAUAGUCACACAGGCAACCAAUCACAUAACAGAGGAAGUGACUAUAAAAGGCCUGUGUCUCCCACAAUCCCCCUCUUUGUUUGCUGCUCCCUCAGACCAGCUAAGUAUCUUGCUCCUCUUAUGGAUUUUUGCAAUAUUAUUAUUAUUAUUUUCUGCAUGUUAUUUGAUUACUUGCUGUGUCUUUUAGUGUAUCUGCACAGUCAUUGCUUUCUGGUGGUGUGCCUAGUGGGGAUCCCCCCCCUUUUUUUAUUUCUGUUUUCCCCGCCGGCUUUCUCCACACUCUCGUAGUCUGCCCGCGUGGGUGAAGUGCACGCGCCCCUUCCCCCACCUGUGUGGUGCCUGUGAUCGGUAUCUGCCCGGCUUCCACAUGCGGCGGCCAUUUUGGAGGCGGAUCUUGCUUGCGGCCGGUCUCACUGCUCCCUGUGGGUUACUCAACCCUGUUGUUUUUCCUAAUCAAUUUAGUUCAAGAAUUUUAUAUUGAUAUUGUGGGUGUAAUUUUUUGCUAAUAUGCAAGACAGAGAUGAGGGUCCAGAGGGCCUUGCAGAGGCCUUUACCCAACAUAAUCCUGAGGGUAAUGUAGCCUCCCAAGAGUUUCAGGCCCUACUGGACGCCACUUUGGCAUCAUCCUUGCAGAAGGCCUUUGCCUCUGCCAUGGGAGAGGUGAUAGACAUGCUUGAGGCAGUUACAGAAGGCGCGCCUCCCAUGCGCAAAAGAGCCCCUGGCCGGGUUAAAAAGGCUAGACUGUGGAAAUGGGCUAGAGCCCAUGAGGAAGGGUCGGAUACCGACCGGAGUGUGGAGGCUGACUCAGACGUGAUGGAAUACGACUCUUAUGAUGAGGUUGAGUCGGGUGAGGAUUUACCCCAUACGGGUUUAACCCCUUCUGGGAACUCUAACACUACACGGGGUCCUCCACCUGGCCACACUGGGUAUAGUAAGACGCUGUUGGAUCCACAGGGCAACCCCCUGUUCAAUCCAGAUGACCUACGUCACCCCCGAUCAGCCGAGUGGGAACCCCCAGGGCAUAUCGCCCAAUAUGUUGCGCGGCGCAUGCGCACCCCCCUUUCUAAGGAGGGCCGCAAUAAAUUCCUCGCUGAAUGUCCCAGGCCUUCCCUCCCGGGCUCGGCCUGCAGGAUCCCUGAGAUUGACUCCAAGAUCGUGCAAUUUUUAAACAAGUCAGACUGGAAACCGAAAAAGGGCCUGGACUACUCCCUAAAGGGAUGCCAAGACAAAAUUCUAGAUACCCUGGGCUCUUUGUCGAAGCUGUAUGAGCUUCUGGAUGCCGCUAGAGCUGCCGACUUGGCCCUGGAUGUAGAUGUGGCCAUAGGAUGGGUCCAGCGGGCUAUUUGUCUUCUGGGGAAUGCGAAUACCGCUAUGUCAACAGAGAGACAUAAAGCGAUUUUGCUAAAAAUCAACCCCAAAUUGGCUGCCAUGACGGUGGCGGAACCGAGCUCAUCCGACGAUGGGAUGUUAUUUGGUACCACCUUCGUGAAGGACCUGGGGUCAUACGUUAAAACCUUUACGGCCAUUGAUAAAGCCGAGGCCAACAUGAAGCGCAUGUUUGCACCUAAGGUUUUCGGAGGGGCCGGGCGUAGCAGGAGCCGUCCACCAGGCCGUGGAUUCCGAGGCUCAUUCCAAGCCAACAGAGGUUCCUUUUUCCCAUCCCGGGGCUUCUAGGAUCCGAGAGCUUCUCCCUUCUUCCUAGCUAGAGGGAGGUCAUGGGGUUCCAGAUACCCCCGCGGUGCCACUUCGGGCAGACGUCCUUAUGGUGAGUACCCAUUCUUUCUUUCUUUCUUGCUCAAAUACGGGUGGCGGGGAGGUUCUUAUUCUGCCGGGGUUGGGCAGCUGUGACUUCGGAUGCUUGGGUGUUACAGUCAGUAAGGGGUUAUCACCUCGAGUUUGUAUCUCUGCCUGUCCAAUUAUCUGUCCCUAGAGAAUUGUCCCUUCCUUCGGAACAGGAGGAGAUGAUUUCCGCGGAAAUCGGAGAGAUGUUGUCAAAAGGCGCCAUAGAGGAGUUUCCGUUUGCCGCCCCAGGCUUUAAAAGCAACCUCUUCCUGGUACCAAAGAAAGGGGGAGGUGUCCGUCCGGUGAUAAAUCUCCGACCCCUCAACAAUUUCAGAUGGAGGGCAUACAUUGCCUCAGAGACCUCCUCCGUACAUCGGAUUGGAUGGCAAAGCUAGAACUGAAGGAACACAGGGACUACCUCCACUUCACCUGGCACGGGAGACGGUGGCGUUUUACAUGUCUACCGUUCGGUCUAUCCUCAGCUCCUUGGUGCUUCACCAAGAUCAUGAGACCGGUGGUGACCUUCCUUCGUACGCGUGGCGUGCGCCUGAUUAUUUACCUGGACGACAUUCUAAUCAUGUCCCAGUCCACAGGUCAGCUACAGACCCACGUGGAGUGGACGGUCAGUCUGCUCCAGAACUUGCGAUUCAUGAUCAACUGGGACAAGUCGAUCAUGACCCCAGCUCAAUCGAUGGAAUUCUUGGGUUUCAAGGUGGAUUCCAUUCAACAAUUCCUGUAUUUACCGGAAUACAAGAUGAAGGCCAUCCAGAAAGAGCUUCGGCGAGCUCUUCGAGUGUCAGAUUUGUCCAUCAGACAGUUGGCAAGAAUUAUCGGUCUACUCGCAGCCUCCAUUCAAACGAUCUUUCCGGGUCCGUUACACUACCGAGCCCUCCAACGGCUCAAAGGGUCGCACCUCUGAUCAGGUCAUUCUUACGAGUCCAGGAUACGGCUGGAUGAGGAAUCCAGGGACGAACUGGUGUGGUGGUUGGCAGACAUGGAGGCUUGGAACGGAAGAGCCAUUUUUGGUUCCAUACCGAACGUGGUGAUAGAAUCCGACGCCAGCUUACACGGCUGGGGGGCACGUUGUGGCAACGUUUCCACAGGAGUCAGAUGGUCCGAGAUAGAGAGAUCCUUACACAUCAACUGCCUGGAACUCUUGGCAGGGGCCUUUGCGAUUCGCAGCCUUUCCCUAGGUCGGGCGAAUUGCUGCAUUCUCCUCAAGAUGGACAACGUAUCGGCAGUACGUUAUAUAAACCACUUGGGGGGAACCAAAUCCAAGAUGUUGGCUCUCUUGGCGAAAGACUUUUGGCAAUUUUGUUUGUACAACAAUGUCUCUGUGACGGCAGAGCACAUCCCGGGUCUGGCCAAAUUCGGGGGCGGAUUGGAAUUUGAGACAUUUGAGAGACUCAGGAGAUUGGCACUUGCACGUUUCAGUUUUUCGAAGCCUAGACAGGUUAUGUGGACGGUUCGUGAUGGACUUGUUCGCAUCCCACCUGAAUACCCAGUUACCGGAGUUUUACAGUUGGAGACCAGACCCGGCGGCGUUGGCAAUGCACGCUUUCCUUCAGGAGUGGCCGACGGGCCGCAUGUAUGCUUUCCCCCCAUUCAGCAUGAUUGCGUGGUUCCCACGCCUGAUGGAGUUGUCGAUAGAUUAUCCACGGCUGAUCCCGGGUUUCCAGGAACUCCUUCUGGAUCCAAAUGGGAACUCACACGGACUGGUAUUACAGAACCAAUUGCGUCUGAUAGCGUGGCUCCUUUCAGGGGACCUUGGAAAGUCCCAAACGUUCUACGAACGACUCUCCUGCUCUUCGAUAACGCCUGGGCUCCAGGUACAAGAGCAGCCUAUCAUGUUUCAUGGAGUUCAUGGUCUGGUUGGUGCAUGGAACGGUCAGUGAAUCCCGUAUCUGCCCCUCUCCAUAUGAUCUUGGAGUCCCUCAUGCACAUGUUUGAUUCGGGUAAGGCGUAUUGUACUAUCAACCUUUUUCCGCUCAGCAAUUUCAGCUGGACAUAGAGGUUUGGAUGGUUUGCCCAUAGGAAAACAUCCUUUUGUGUGUCGCCUUCACAAAGGUAUUCGCCUCGCUCGACCUCCUAGGACUCCUUUUUCUGCAUUCUGGGAUGUCAACGUGGUGCUACAAUUUUUGUCGUUAUGGUACCCAAACCAAGACUUGACACUUAAACAAAUCUCUUUUAAGUUAGUGAUGCUUCUCUACUUAAUUUCAUGUAAAAGAGUGUCUGACGUCAGGGCCCUUGUUUGGAACGCCAUUACUUUUUACCCCUGAGGGUAUCUCGUUCAACAUAUCCAGAAGGACUAAAUCAGCAUCCAAAUCUUUUGUAUACCCCAGAUUCUCAGGGACUCCGGCAUUAUGCCCGGUAGAGUAUCUAAAGGUAUAUCUGGAUAUUACACGGCCUCUUCGUUCAUUGGGCUUGCAUCCGUUAUUCAUAUCAUUUAGGUUUCCAUACCGGCCCGUAUCCACCCCGACUUUGGCUUGUUGGAUACGCUGGCUUCUCUCUUUAGCUGGCGUGGACACUUCUAUCUUCACACCCCAUUUGGUGCGUGGAGCCAUGGCAUCGAAAGCUUCUACAGUCGGCUGUCGUCUGGAGGACAUUCUGCGGGCUGCAGAUUGGUCUUGGGAGUCGACCUUCCGUGACUUUUAUUUCAGACCGAUCAACCACAUCGCAUCUCACGUGAUAGCACAGCUUUAAACUUGCAUAAUAGGAGCCUCCGUGUCUUUAAUAAAAUUCCCAGAUUUUACUAUUAACAUGACGUAAAGUCAUGAUUUUAUUAAAGACACGGCGGCAAGUAUUAUUCCCACCCGCCCUCCCGGUGUUGGGUCUUUGGAUGAGAUGUGGUUAAAUUUUCAGGUAUGUUACUAUCUGGUCUGGUUAUGGUGUCCUACGUAUUUAUGUUAUUAUACUGUUGAUAUUUGAUUUUAUAUGAUUUAUAUACUAAUAGUUUUUUCUAUAUUAUAGGAUGAAUUCCUACGAAACUAUUGACAUUUUGCUUGGUAAAUCUUCAGUUUAGAGUUGGGUUAUUACCAUAUUUCUCUCUCUCUCUCUUUUAGCUUGAAGUUAUAGAUUUGUUCCUGUUUCCUGUUUUUGCCAAGUGGGAUGUCGUUCAUGUUUCCUGGUCUUUGGUUUUCGCAAGAAAGAGGGGGAUUGUGGGAGGCACAGGCCUUUUAUAGUCACUUCCUCUGUUAUGUGAUUGGUUGCCUGUGUGCCUAUACAGUUUUUUUUCUUUCAUUUUGAUAAUAUUUAUAUUCCUCUAUCUUUGUUGCUGAGGGAAUAAAGAAAGAGUUAUGCAUAAUAGGAGCCUCCGUGUCUUUAAUAAAAUAAUGACUUUACGUCAUGGUAAUAGUAAAAUCUGGGAAUUGCAGUUCAAUUAAUUGAGCAGGAGAUAAACACUUCUAAAGCAAGUUCACAUCUCAUUAAAAAUUAAACCAUUCUUUUCAUGCAGGCUGUGUCAGUCACAGUAGAGGUGUGAUUGGGGCUGCAUAACUGAAAGUUAAAAGUGAUUUAACAACUAAAUAGCAGAGCAUUGAGCAGUAAGACUACAGGGCCAUGAUGUAUACACCCAAAACAAGUUUUUAUGCUUAUAGUGUCCCUUUAAUGUGUACUUUUAAUAACUAGAGUCUUGUAGUACCACUCCAUGAAAUGUAAUGUAAGCUCAACUGUUAAGGUUAAGACAAACUAAGUUAUCUUGGUUGUUUUUAGACUACUGUCACCAAAGGAAUGUGUCUGAUUGUUACAUGGUGAUUGCCCAGCUCAGUCAUUUUGUCACUCUUUUGAUCAAAACACUUUGAUAAAUCUUCGUGUGCAUUUCCAGUUCAUCUGGACUCCUUUAAGAGGUUUGCUUUGACGUUGGCAGGUAAGCUCACAUUUUAAGGGCCUAAAGGGGUACUGCAAACUUUGUUGUUUAAAAAUGUUCUUGUUCAUCAGUUUUAUGAGGCUUUGAGCAUUGAGAUUACUAAUAUUUGUACUAUGAGAAUAUUGGUGUGGAUCUUUAAAGGGUUAAUAUAUAUGUUAACAAAAUAAACUGGUUUUGUUUUGCCAGGUUCUGCUGGUAGACAAUAAAGAUGUGUCAUCUGCCUUCAUGUCGCAGAGAAUGAAUCUGCUGCCACCUAAAAACAAAAUUUGUGUGGACCAUACAGAAGAGAGGCUGGUGAACCUGUGACAUCAUGGCGGCUCAGUACAAUGCACCAUUCGAUGAACAUGGAGAGGUGAGGGAGGGUUUCCUCUGCCCUCUGUGUCUGAAAGAUUUGCAGUCAUUCUACCAACUUCAGUCCCAUUAUGAAGAAGAACACUCCAGCGAUGAUCGAGAUGUAAAGGGACAGCUGAAGAGUGAGUAUGGUUGUGUGUAUGUUGUGUUUUUUUUUUUUUUUUUUCUCCCCAUUUAUUUAUUUAUUUUAUUUAUUGAGGGUGGGGGGGAAUAAAACAAAAUUCACGUAAUAUCUGCAGCAAAAUAUUUGAGCCCAGAAUGUUAAUAAGUAUUAGUUGAAUCCCCUUAUACAUGAAUUGUGAGAAGGAGGCUGCUUAACCUAUAAUACAGGAAUGCAUCUGAUGGACUAUCAUGCAGGGAAUUAUACUUAUUUUGAUGCAUGAAGCAAAGGGCACAAUUUUCUUUUGCAAAAAUGUAGUGAUUUGCCCUUUAGCAAAUUUAGCAAAAAUUCAUCUGGCAAGAAGUUAAAAGGAAAUCAGGCAUGGAUGACUAUUUAUGUGACCAUCCACCUUAUGUAUGUUUGCAUUUGAUGGUUCUUGCUGGGUCCUUUUUAAACCUAUCUAUUAAGCUAUACCUCUUACCAGGUCUGGUGAAAAUUGCCAAGAAGGCUAAAGACAAGCUGCUGAAGAGAGACGGGGCAGAGCGUACUGAAGGUGGAAGCCAGGAACGAUAUGAAGCAUUCAGCUAUGGUGGGGUGGAUCCAUGUCUAUGGGACCCACAGGAGAUCGGUGAGUGAAUCAAUCAGCCCAUGCACAGCCAAAGUGAGUGUUUUUGUUAAAUAAGUAUAAUAAUUUGUUGAACCAAUGUAAUUGGUAUAAUUUUCUGUUUCCAUCAAAAUAGUAAUUGUUCAAAAUACAACCUGCUUUACAUCUAUAUGUGUUCUACAUUUACGUAUGACAGACACUUAAAGGGGGGACACUAUAGGCACCCAGACCACUUCACGUAAUCUCAGUGUUAUGGGCCUCUAGUUUUAACCCUGGAACGGAAAACAUUGCCAUUAUGCGGGGUGCAAUUACCUUUGACCAAAUUAUGUUGCAGUAAUCAAAUAAAGGCUUCUGCAUGGUAGAAGAAAAACAUCGAAUAAACAAACAAGAAAAAAAAUAACCACAAAAAACAUGAUUGCAUUAAGGGAUGCAUUAUAAUGUAUUCCACCUAGAAAUUGGAAUGAACUUCAUUGCAUAAAGGAUACAGGUUCGAAACUUCAGAGGCCACAGUGGUCUGGUGACAAUGAGCUCUAGUGUUUAUGAUGCAUAUAGUGCCCCUUAAAUGACUGCAUCCAACCCAUUACAGGGUUAUGGUAGCUUGCUGCAUUUGAAAAACAUGCUUCACCCCCAAAACAACUCAGUCUCAAUGACCUCCUUAUGGGGGCUAGAGUCCUUGGGCACAGACUUGCCUUAUAAUGUUAAGCCAUUUUCAAACAAUCUAACCCCUGUCCUGUGUGCCUGGAUUCCCAUCUCUUCUGCACCCCCCUCCUCCUCUUGCCACCAUACUGAUAAUAAAUGAUUGACUUCGGCAUUGCUGAAGUUCAGCUUAUCACUGUCUGGUCAGUUUAUCACCAUUACAGUGGCCACAAGGAGAAGGUGGUGUUUUGGUGGUGGAGUGUCUUUUUAAGCUGCUCAGAUGAGACAUUGAUAUAAAUAUCCAAUGAUCAUUAGAAAAAAAGGGAGAGUAAGCGCUAAUUAACAGAUGGCACCCCUUAAAGAGAGAUCCCUCCAAACCCUUCGGAAACAAAGAUAAUGAGAAAAAUAGAGGUAAGGGCUGCGCCAAUUUCUAUAACAAAAUAUCAGAGCAGUGAAAAUCAAAACAUAAAAUAAGUCAAAAUCACACACGUAAAAUAAGUAAAAAAAAAAAUACAAAUAUCAGUAAAAAAAAAAGUCCACUAAAAAGGAUAUUAUUCAGAUCAAAUAUAGAAUAAGGUGCUUAAACAGGAGUAAUAUCCUCAGUGUCUUUUUCCGCAUGAAUCCACACAUACGAAAUACAAAAAAAAACCAGAUAAAAAUAACCAACAGUGCAAUAUAAACGGUCAAAUAUGUAUAUAGAUAGAAUAAACUCACAUUUAGUAGAGCUAUUGCUAGCUCUAGUGUGAAGGACGUACAGCGGUAUAAUCACCGCUUAUGGGAUAUGCUGUGGGUUUCUUCCUUCUGGGGUAUGGUCCACACUCAGGAAGGAGGGUUAAAAGAGACAACUAGUAGUGCUCACUGAAUAAAAACAACAGUAUAUAUAAUAACUAAAAUAGUACUCACAAGCAAGUUACUCCUUGGUAACACCGCUGGUGGUGUGAACCCCACCUCAGAUUUCUUGGAGUGCAGGAUAAUAAAAAUGACAGGUAAAAAAAAAGAUAGUUGGCACCAGGGAAGUGACCAACAAAAAUCUUUAUUACAAUAUACAAUUUAAAAAUCCACAAACGCAUUUUGCCUCAGGGCUUUAUCAAAAUUUAUUAAAUUGUGUAUUGUAAUAAUUAUCCUGCACUCCAAGAAAUCCGAAGUGGGGAUCACACCACCAGCGCUGUUAGCCUGCCCUUUGCUUGUGAGUACUAUUUUAUUUGUUAUAUAUACUGUUGUUUUUAUUCAGUGAGCACUAUUAGUUGUCUUUUUACCCUCUUUCCUGAGUGUGGACCAUACCCUUGACGGAAGAAACCCAAUGAUCAUUACCUGUUGGCAUAAAGAACUGCAACAAAAUACAUUCUGUACACAGAAUGCGCCAUCCACAUCACUUCCCAUAGAUACAGUUAACAACUGGACAAUGGGCUUUUUUAAAAAAAUUUUUAUUGGGGCUUACUUUAUCCUAUCAUCGAGUACCCCCCUUGUGACUUAUGGAAAAACACAUUUUUCUUACUUUAAAUUUAUCCUUUUCCUUAGUCAAAGCGGUAAUAUAACAGUCAUCCAAAUAAUGAGAUUUUAUAAUUGUAAUAAUAUUAAUAAUUUUGGUUUUUGUGCCUGUAUGCUUUCUGCUUCUGGAUGGGUACUGUCAUAGUUACUACAUAUAUCCUACUGGAUGGUCGGAUGUGGAGGGGGGCAUGUUAUUUUUAAAUUGAAAAAAAAUAGUUAUCCUUCAUCCACCUGCCACUGGUUUUGCAGUUAAGUCUAUCAAAAAAGGUAAUUUUAUGGUGGUAAAAAAAAAAAAAAAACUAUAUUCAUUCAAAGGCAGGUUUCUAUAGCAACACAAAUCUUUACAAAUCAACAUGGCAUGGCCUGCUUAUGUUUGUUAUUAUACAUUUGUGAAUAAUCAGUUGGCUCAUUUGAACUCGUUGAGGACUUCUCUGCAUUAUUUCAAUAUUCUUUUUAAACCAGAAGUCCCCAAUAAUGUUAUUCUGCUCAUCAGUUCCAUUCAAAAGAAACUUCUAGUCUCAGCUAGACCGGAAUGGUAGUUCAAACUAGCUGUUAUGAUUAAACUCACAUAGAGGAGGUCCAUGCCUGUUUUGAAGGGCAUCUCCCAUGUCCCUGUAUAGUUGUAUUCCUAGCAGAAAAUUAAGAGAACUGCAGAUCAAUGAUUUCUGUAGAGACAAACCAGGUUAUUUACUAAUCCUCAAACUGUUGCUUUCUAAGAUCCAAAUGGCAAACUUUAGGACAAAAUAGUUUGCUUGGAAAAUUUCUCUAAAUUGGUUAUAGUCACAGCUUGCUUGUUUAAGCCUGGGUUUUGACAAUCAGAUUUCAGUUUGCUACAAUGUAGUUUUAAUGACUAAACGCCACACUCUGUCACCUCUGACUGAGGCAGCUGGAAAAGCUCCAACCAAUUUAUUCCAUUCUUAUCUCAUUGCUUUUUAUGGGAUGUUUUCUCAUGUUAGGAGCUACAAGGAGCCACCUGUCCGAUUUCAAGAGACAUCGAGCCGCUCGGAUUGACCAUUACGUGGUGGAAGUGAACAAACUCAUCAUACGAUUAGAAAAGGUAGAUCUUCCUUGGCUUUCUGUAAUUAUUAUCGCUUUGUUUCAUGGCUGCCUGUAGAUAAUCCAUGGAAAUGUUGUAUCUAAAUGAUUGUAUUUCAGUAAAUUAACACAAAAUGCUGUUUUAAAUAAUUGAUGCAUUGGAGGCAUUGUGUAUUUUUAUAUGACUGUCACAGCCUGAUGUAAAUAUUUUCUUUCUGAACGUGAUGUAAAAAUUAACCUUCUCUGUUUCUCUCUAACCUAGCUGACCUCAUUUGACCGAGUGAAUAGUGACUCUGCCAGGAUAAGAGGUAGGCUAACUCUGCUCUUGUUAAUGCUCAGUAUGUCUGAAGCUUGUGAGUGAUUAGACUUUUGUUUCCUUGCAGCCAUUGAGAAGUCUGUGGUUCCCUGGGUAAGUGAUCACGAUGUUCCGUUCUGCCCGGACUGUGGGAAUAGGUUCACCAUUCGUAACAGGCGUCAUCACUGCCGGCUGUGCGGCUCCAUUAUGUGCAAGAGAUGCACAGAACUUGUCACGCUCGCACUUGCUAGUAAGGAAAACUUCAACUCAAACAUCUGACCCAAAAUACCUCCUAAGCCCAUCUUCCGUUUCUGUAAUUUCCUUUAGCUAAUCUUUCCACUCUGCUUUUAUCUUCUUCUUUCUUAUUUUCUGUUUAUUUAUUCUUUUUGAUUGCCAUAACUGUUAUAUACCGACUCCCCCCCAAUUAUCCUUGAUUUUAAUACCUUAGGGACUGCCUGUUGUAAAUUCACAACCUCCAAAGUGAAUAUCUUCUUAAAAACUGCGCCAUUGUUACAGAUAAAUUAAGGUAUUUUUUAGAUGUCAUUUUUGUUCAUUGCCUUUUAUCAUAACUGUGUUUAAUUUUCAAAUGUCCUUUUUGGAAGAACUAGUAUAAAAGUUGUACAUUCACGGUUUCUUUUGUCUUAGAUGCUGACACUGUAUCUAUACAUUUUCAGUUACACUCUGUCCUUCUCACAGAUAAACUAACCAGCGCCAGCAAACACUCCCUGUCAUCUCAUGGCAGCCCUAACCUAUCACCCAGUAGCAGCACUCAGACCUCCCGCAGGGGCAGUAUUAGUAGCCUUGGAAGCGUGAGCUCCGUCCUUGAGGACAAGGAUGAUGACAAGAUCCGCUGCUGUCUGCAUUGCAAGGACACACUUCUCAAAAGGGAAAUGCAGAUGGAUGAGAAAGACCACACGCCUGAUAUUGUCAAGCUCUACCAGGUGAGGCGUAAUGGAUAUAUGACGACUGCUUCUGUAGUUUGGUUUAAUUUUAACACAAAAGGGUAUUUGUGGAAUUAAGGGAUGUGGGCAUGUACAUUGUAUCCGCAUUUCCCCUUAUUAAAUUAUCCAUGUGAUAGAUGUUUUCUUUUGUAACCGUUCACUUGUCACCUAUAUGUUAAUUUUACAUGAUGUUACAACUCCACUUUAAACAUAAUUAUGCAAAAUUGGGAUUACAAUUAACGUUUGUCUACCUAAACCAAACCUGUUGUCACCGAUUAUCUGUUUGUUCAUUAAAUGUAUUUUUCGUAACAACUGUGCAUUCUUUAUACAUCCCAGUACAAAUAUCAAUGUAUUCCUUAUGAUUAAACAUUUCCUAAAUAAUUAAAUAUAUCUUUAAAUCCUGCAUUACUAUAAAAGAACAUCUCCCAAUUGUAAAGUGUCAGACAAAACAAUUGUUAAUACUCAAAUAAUUGCCUUAAUUCUGUUUAGAGAAUGCUCAAAACACGGCACGAACUAGACUGUGUUGCUAUGGCAAAAUAAAUAAAAAAUUUUGUGAGGGAUAAAAUUUUGCAAUGAUCACUUCAGUAUAUACACUACAAUUCCCAUAAUUCUAUGCUAAUUAUUUGGUAAUAAAGGGAGGGUAAAAGACCCUGUGACUGUGAGAAAGUAAUAAAGGCAGGGUAAUGGAGCCAACGACUGUUAGCUGGUAAUAAAGAGAGGGUUAUGAGGACUGUGAGCUGCUAAUACAUGAAGUGUGAUAAACCCUGUGACUGUGAGCUGGUAAUGGAGCCAAUGACUGUUAGCUGCUAAUAAAUGAAGUGUGAUAGAUCCUGUGACUGUGAGCUGGUAAUACAGGGAGGGUAAUGGAGCCAGUGACUGUUCUCUGGUAAUAAAGAGAGGGUUAUGGUGACUGUGAGCAAGUAAUAAAGAUAGGGUAAUGGACCGUGUGACUGUGAGCUGGUAAUAAAGUGAGGGUAAUGGUGCCGGUGACUGAGCCGGUAAUAAAGGAAGUGUUGUAGAUUUGGUGACUGUGAGCUGGUAAUAAAGAGAGGGUUAUGGGGACUGUGAGCUGGUAAUAAAGACAGGGUUAUGUAGCCAGUGACUAUGAGCUGGUAAUGGAGCCGGUGACUGUGAGCCAGUAAUAAAGAGAGAGUUAUGAAGCUGGUUACUGUGAGCCAGUUAUAAAGAGUUAAUGGAACUGGUGACUGUGAGACGGUUAUAAAGAGAGGGUCAUGGAGCUGGUGACUGUGAGCCAGUUAUAACGAGUUUAAUUGAACUAGUGACUGUGAGACGGUUAUAAAGAGAGAGUAAUGCAACUGGUGACUGUGAGCUGGUUAUAAAGAGAGGGUUAUGAAGCUGGUGACUGUGAGCCAGUUAUAACGAGUUUAAUGGAACUAGUGACUGUGAGACGGUUUUAAAGAGAGGGUUAUGGAGCUGGUGAAUGUAAGCUGCACUAGAAGGAGAUUCAUUGAGUUCUGCUUGGAUUUCCAGAGACUUCGAAGCUGUAUGGAGAAGGUAGAACAGAAGGCUCCGGAAUAUAUAAAAAUGGCCCAGUCAAUAAAGUGAGUACCGUCAGCCUGCAAAAUGUUUUGUUUUUUUUUUUUUACAUAAAUCAUGGACACCCAGCAAAAAUUCUAUUUAUUUUUAGCUUUACUGAAGCCAUUAAACUGGGGUUUGGGGGGCAAAUAAGCUGGGUCAGAGGGCAGUAUGUACUUUAUGGGUGAAACAUUAAACAGAAAAGAGAGGGGUUUCUAGGAGCAAGCAUAUAUAGAAUCAUCGCCACCACGUCGCCCUGUAUGAGAUGCCAACUUAUAUACUUUACAGAGUAGAUAAAAUCUUUAGUGUGUGCGUAAAUAAAAUAGAAACAAAAAGCAUGUUUUUUCCACACUAAAUGCUGAUUGGCAAGGGUAGCAUAGAUGACCUGAAAACAAUUUUUAACUUGGCUAUAGUUACAGCUUGACUAUUCUAACCUCCGUUUUGCCAUUGCAGAGUUUAGUGAAUGAUAAAUAACCUCACUUGCUAUUACUUAAACAUAAAAAAGGAAAAUCCUACAAUCUGUGCACAACUAUGGCAAUUAAGAUUAACAUGCAUAAAUAUACAGAAAAGAUAUUGGGCCAAUUCUGGAGCACACUCUGUCCAUUUUUGAAAUGUUUAAUGUCUGGGGCUGUGUAACUGCUACAAGUUUUUACAUUUUGAUCUGUUGGAUUUUUAAGUUUAAACGUAGCUGUCAAAUUUAAAAUUUCGAAACAAAUUCUGCAUUUUUUCAAAAUAGACUCAUUCAUUUAUGCAUUUAUCUGUAUGGUUUUUGAUGCUAUUAAUACAGCCAUCUUAUUCCCUGUGUCUGCCAAAAUUUCCGGUAAUAUAUUUUUGUGUGUUCUAAUCUUUCUCAUUCACAACUGCUGUAGGUGACAGUGAGAUUUGGGUUGUAAAUUUAGAACAGGUGGUUCAUAUUUUUAAAGGAAAGCGGUUAUGUAGGGAUUCUUGGGGACCAAGACAGUAACUAUACAUACCUCCAAGCCUCUCUGUGCUUCAUUAUUGCUCUGACUUGGGUUCCUUUCAUUCCUGAAUAAAUGGUUUAAUUUUAUUUAUUUUUUAACAAAAAAGGGUGUUUGUGGAAUUAAGGGAUGUGGGCAUGUACAUUGUAUCAGCAUUUCCCCUUAUUAAAUUAUCCAUGUGAUAGAUGUUUUCUUUUGUAACCGUUUACUUGUCGCCUAUAUGUUAUUUUUACAUAACGUUACAACUCCACUUUAAACAUAAUUAUGCAAAAUUGGGAUUACAAUUAAUGUUUGUCUACCUAAACCAAACCUGUAACAAUUGUUACCGAUUAUCUGUUUGUUUAUUAAAUAUAUUUUUAAAUCCUGCAUUACUUAAAGAACAUCUCCCACUUGUAAAGUGUCAGACAAAACAAUUGUUAAUACUCAGAUAAUUGCCUUUAUUCUGUUUAGAGAAUGCUCAAAACACAGCAUGAACUAGACUGCAUUGCUAUGGCAAAAUAAAUAAAUUAAAACCGAAAUCAGUGGGGUGUCAGAGAUCCUAAAUCUUGAAGGUGGGAGGAGGUAAUGCUACCGUUACUGUACUCAAAAAGCACACAAAAGAAAGGGUGCUGUUCCACCCACGUGUCUUUGCUGUCACCAGAUGACUUGCAAAGUCCCAGUAACUACCUUUCUGACAGCGGAUAAUUAUCUUGGAAAUAAUCUACAUCGAGCUUUCUCUUUACAUUUACAGUGCGGGCGAGACAACCUAUAAUUUGGAACAUGCCAAUAAUGUACGGAUAGAGGUGCAGAAACACUACGAAUUAAUAGAUGCUUUGAGGUAAGGAACACCCAGGAUUUUGGUUUGUGAAGACUGCAUAUACAUAGAUUAUUUGUUUUUGUUUUUUUAACUCCUGAGCUUCCUGGCAGCUUUCAUCGUCCAUUGUUAGGAAUGUUGAAUGGAGAAGUUGGUUCUUAUCUUCUUAAGCAUGUGAAAGAACCGUGCAUUCCUGGAAACAUUCCCCAUUAGUCCUCAAGGCUUUCUCAAUGAAUGGUGGGCGAUGGAGUCAAUAUAUUUUCUGUAAACCUUGGGAUUCCUACAUAUAUCAUAUAUUAUGUUAGAAAUGGUUUGAGAAAGGCUGGUCUAGAGCACACCCUUUUAUAAUUUAGACAUAACUGGUAUUAGAGAAAAUGUCUUGUUGGCUAGUAGUUCUUUUACUGAAUUAUAGUGCUGCAUGUUCAGUUUCUGGCAAAAAAACCAAAACAAGGUUUGGGCCAUGGAAAACCUCUGUUGGGUGGUUGUUGGAUUAUAAUGAUUAAAUAGUGCCUGUUUCAUAGUAGUUACCGAUGAUAAUUUCAAGGCUCCCUGAAGCCCAUACUUCUAUCCCUUGCACAAAAGUACCAACUAGAAGGAACUUGAUGGGAAGUCAAUCUUUUUGUAAGCUAUGUGUCCAGCACUUUUCACAGUGUUUUUUGUUUAUUUUAAUUUUAUUUUCACAUGUCGUGUAGUGAUGUAAGAUCCAUACCUCACGUGUGUGAAUCUCCUUAAAGGGACACUAUAGUCACCAGAACCACUACAGCUUCAUGUAGUUGUUCUGGUGUCUGUAGUGUGUCCCUGCAGGCUGAGCAAUGUAAGUACUGCCUUUUCAGAGAAAAGUCAGUGUUUACAUUGCUGCCUAGUAACACCUCAAGAAACUCAGACUGCCACCAAAGGUGCUUCUUGGGUAUUUGCUGCCCAACGCUGAGAGAUGCUCAUUGGUGCAGCUGCGUUUUGGGAAAGCAUUGGAUUGGCUGAGAUCAUUAAAGGACCACUCUAGGCACCCAGACCACUUCAGCUUAAUGAAGUGGUCUGGGUGCCAGGUCCAGCUAGGUUUAACCCAUUUUUUCAUAAACAUAGCAGUUUCAGAGAAACUGUUAUGUUUAUGAAUGGGUUAAGCCUUCCCCCUAAUCCUCUAGUGGCUGUCUCAUUGACAGCCACUAGAGGCGCUUGCGUGCUUCUCACUGUGAUUUUCACAGUGAGAGCACGCAAGCGUCCAUAGGAAAGCAUUAUGAAUGCUUUCCUAUGUGACCGGCUGAAUGCGCGCGCAGCUCUUGCUGCCCGUGCGCAUUCAGCCAACGGGGAGGAGAGGAGGAGGAUCGGAGGAGGAGAGCUCCCCGCCCAGCGCUGGAAAAAGGUAAGUUUAACCCCUUUUGCCCUUUCCAGAGCCGGGCGGGAGGGGGUCCCUGAGGGUGGGGGCACCCUCAGGGCACUAUAGUGCCAGGAAAACGAGUGUUUUCCUGGCUCUAUAGUGGUCCUUUAAGAUUGAUGAUCUCAGUCAUGGAGGUUGAGCCAGCAGUGAUGAGACCGGCAAGGUGUGGGAGAAAAGGUUAGUAAACCUAAACCUUGGUUAAGCACUAUAGUGUUAGAAACACAUGUUUGCAUUCCUGACACUAUAGUGUUCCUUUAAUGUUGUAUUUUGGCAUCUGCAAACACAAGCCAUGUUGUCUAUAAUGUACCACCCAUUUCUUUUUAUGACAUUUUAAUGUAGAACAAUAAACAAAUAUUUACAAUAACAUUUUAGACUACUGUAAAUAUAAUGGCAGUUACAAAUAAUUUUCUAAUUCUUGCUACCUGCUUCCCAGCAAGAAGAUUCUAACUCUAGGAAUGAAUGAAGAGCCUAAACCUCACCCCAAAACCCAGCAACUGCAGAAGAUGGUUAGAUACUCAGCCACACUAUUUGUGCAGGUAACGGGCUGCCAAGCACUCCAUAAUGAAUUAUUAAUACUGUCUGGCAAAAAAAAAUUAAUGAAUCCCAAAAAAUAAUUAUGGCUCUGGUUUAUUAAUCCAUGUAACCCACUUCUUUAUAGGAGAAACUCCUGGGUUUAAUGUCCCUGCCAACUAAGGAGAAGUAUGAGGAGCUGAAAGAGAAGCGUCGGCAGGAGAAUGAGCAGAGAAUGCAGAAGGACCGGCAGGUGAGAUACUGGGGUACAUUAGUGUCUUCUAAUCCUUUUCGUUUCUUAUGGACUUUCUUCUCUCCUUUUUUACCAACGUAUUUAAAAUGCAAAGGGUAAACAAUGCAAGAAACUUUUAUCGGCUGACUUCUCUGUAGGUCGGUUAUGUUUUCAAAAAGGUGAGUUUAAAUUUUUUUGUGUUUGAAUGAUGUUAGUGGACUUCACAUUAAGGAAGCCGUGGGUGUGUACUAAUGGUGAACAUAUCCUAGAUGUUCAUUUUAUUCUGAAAUAUUUUCUAAAACCUUUUCAGCAUUUUAAUAACUUUGUGUCUGCAUUGUGUUUGAAACUACCUGUCUGUGUCUUUGGUCUGUGACUCUCUCUACUUGGCCCUUUCGCAGGUAGCUUUUGAAGCCCAAAGAAGAUGUGAGGAGAGAAAAAAAGAUCCUGCUGUUCGCUCUUCCAAUGCACUCAAUGGAGAUCUGUCACCCAAGAGAGGCAUCCGGAAGGUGGAGGGUUGGCUUCCAACACCUGGAGCCCCCCGAAACCGAGACACCUCAGACCCACUUCUUCAGCAGAUUGAGAAUAUCACCUCAUACAUCCUGCAGGCAAGAGAGGCUGGCCGGGUGGAUGAGGUACAAAUGCUGGAAGAGAAUCUGAGACAGCUCCAAGAGGAGUAUGACCAACAGCAGGUAGAAACCGCCAUACGCAUGUCCAAACAGCUGGCUGAAGAGGAGGAAAUGCAACGGGAGCAGCUGGAGGUGCUGAGGAUAAAAGAAGAGAAACGAGAGCAUCUCAAGGGCUUGACGAAACACACCAGGACUCAUUCACUGGACUUCAGAGAGCCAGCACAGGUAUCAAUCUGGCAAGACAACCAGACCUCAGCCCUUGACUUGGAGCUCCCUAAACUACCAUCCAGCCCUCUUCUGACUUCCCCUUCUCCUGUAUUAUCUCAAGAUAGAAUGUUAACUGAGCCCAGUUUUAAUAUCCCUAAUCAUCCUCCGUGUCUUUCUCCUUUACUGCCCAAUGUAAUUGUUGACAAAUGUACACCCCCAAAUCCAUUUGAAGAUGAAGACAAUGAGCCAUCACCUCCCCUGCAAAACUACAUUCAGCAGAAUGGCCGUAGAGAAUAUAACCCGUUUGAAGAAGAUGAUGAGAAUAAUGAAAUAGAUGUAGAGAGCAAGAAAGGGUCGGAAACCAUUCCAUCCAACCCCUUUGAGGACACAAAGCACAAUUACUGGGAGCCUGUGUCCUCUAAAAAUCCCUUUGAUGUUGAUAAACCUUCUGGGUCGGGGAAUCCUUUUGAGGAAGACGAGGAAUCCCCGGAAAAUGAGGCAAUAGACGAAGAUCUACUCCUACAGCAGAUUGAUAACAUCAAAGCUUACAUCUUUGAUGCUAAACACAGUGGCCGCCUGGAUGAGGUUGAGGUAUUAACAGAAAAUCUAAGAGAAUUAAAGGCUACACUGGCAAAGCAGAAGAGCCUGAACAAGUGACCAAAGUUGGAGUAGAAAUUCUCCUGGGCAGAGGACUUUAUUAUCACAGAGUCCAGCAUCCAUUUUUAGGCCAGCAACAUCUUGAAUCACUUUGCAUAUCACUAUAACUUGUAGUCCUGGGAGCCAGAAGGAUGAUUAUCCUAUGUGUUUCUGAGUCCAGAUGAGCCUGGCGUGCCAAACAGGUUUAAGACCCAGCUUUACCAGGCUAGAUCACAGCUGUAUUUGGCAUGCAGAUAAUUACAAUUGAAGGGCAUCAAUGUGAAGUGUUGUGAUGCAGUGUGACAGUAGAUUCUGCAUUUUCCUACUCCAUAUUAUGUUGGGCCUUACUAUCAGCCUCUCACAUAAACUUUUUUUUUUUUUUUUUUUAAAGGCUGUAACAUGUUCCACUUAAAGAUACUCUUAAUAGGUUCGUAUAAUUUGUAUAUUGUAUGCAAGGGAAUGCUUUAAAUAUUCUUGUAACUUAUUAAGCCACAUUUGAAAAAUAACAAAUACAUGUUUAAUUUUGCAUUCCUUUCUUUUAUGAUGAUGCAAUUGGUCACCCGUCUGUCUGGAACACGUAAAGAGCUAAAAAUCCCUCAUUUAUUAGGGAUCAUGUGCAUUUAGUGUGUAUCAAAUGAUACAAGAUGGCGAGCCACAAACAUGUGCAAAACAAAAUGCACAAUAUGUCUUUAAAACCUGUUGUGUCGAUAUAGUAACCGGUAUAAAAUAAUUCAAAUUGUUUAUCUUGGGAAUAAGCAUAAAUUAUAUUAACCCAUUCGAGUCAAUUGAUCUUUAAUGUUGGGACGUCUUGUGAUUCAGCUAUUGCAUUUAGGAAUACAACUACAAAGAACAAGUACACUGACAUUGAUACUGUCUUUAAGAUCUCUAUUUAUAGAAAACACUACAGCAUGAAGAGGCAUGCCAUAGUUCAUUGAGAGUGUCCAUUCCAGACUGUGAGCAUUGCACUGAUGGCGUUUAAAGCUUAAUGUCAUAUUGGGUCUUUAUAUUCAGUAAUCGAGUUAGUGACUUCUAGUUACCGGUAAGCAUGGACUUCUACGUCUCCUGCAGAGAAAAUAGUGCAUCCAAUACUCCACUUCCUCCUACAUGAAAGAGCACUUUAUACAUCUCUCUGAUAGAAUAUACACAUGUUGACAGAACAAAUUUGAAGUUACGUGCUCUGGUCUCUCACAGUGGGAUGAGUCAGACCGAUUCCCAGUACUUCCAGAGAGGUUUCAUACAGUGGUUCAAUGAGUUCAACCAAUAACGAUUCCUCUGUCUUCUGAUAACCAGCUCAUGAAAUUUGAGAUCUCUUUAAUUGUAUUGAGCUAAUGCUAAGUAUUUUUGCCAUUCUCAGACAUAUGUAAAAAGUCUAUUUUGAUCUGUUGGCUUUAACUUUUAUAUUUGGGGGUCUCCGUUUAUUUGGGUCAGUGCCACUAAGCGUUAUAAUAGUUUAGGCAAAUCCUAAUGCUGAUCCCAUGAGAAACAUGAUCAAUGAGUGAAUAGUUUAAAGGGGGGAUAUCACUGUAAUAGAACAUUUACAUGGAAUGCUCCCUCCCAUCGUGCUCUGGGGAUUGGAAUUUUCAUGGUAAAGAUAUGUUCCUGUAGCAUCUUUUGUAGUAUAUACUUAAAUCCUUACUAUUGCUCAUAAGCUAUGGUGAGAACAGCUCUGCGACCACUUGUAUGUGAAGGGAAAUCUCUUUUUAACCUUUUAUCUUCCACAUUGGAAGAUUCAGGGUUAUUUUCCUUUAAAAACAUUAGUUGUUUUUUUUUCAUUUCUUUUCUUUUCUUCUUCUACUUAAUUUUCCUAAUGAGCAAAGAUACAAACUCUAGGACAAGGAUAUUUAUCUCCCAUGAUGCUUUGCCAGCAUAGCUUUCUGCAUCAUUGGAGCAAAUAUCCAAACUCCAGGGAUAGCCAGUGAGUGUCAUGUAAUUUCCCACAAUGCUUUGCAAGUUCUGCUGUAAAGGAUAAUGCGAUAUGUCAUACUGCACCUCCAUGAUGCUUUGCCAUCUUUUGUGAAUCUACAACAGUUGGUAAAGCACCAUCUCUUGGCUAUCCAUGCAUGCAUUAAGGGGCUAAACAGUGCGUUACCCACAGAGUUUAUCACAAGUGAGGAUAAAAUUGAAUACAGGUUGGAAACUUUGGCCAAAUGUUUGAAACUCUUAUCAACUGUCCACAGCUCACUUUUUGUUGAAUAACCCCUAAAUUAAAUCCGAGAAGGACCCCAGUAUUCAAUUGCCACAUAAUUUCUACCUGUGGCAUCCUAUUUCUAUGUAAUGCAUAUCGGCUGUCCGUUGGCAAUGGGCUUGCUUUUUAAUUUAAAGCACAAUUAUUAUUUUAUUAUUAUUUUAUUAUUAUUAUUACUGAAGUUAUAUUACAUACUAGUAUUACUGAAUGUGCGUUAAAUUUUUUUUUUAUAUUUGCACCUCUUUACUGUGUACAUUAAGAGGGCUGUGCACAUUUCCUUGAUGAUCCACAGUGGAGAAAUUGUUAUUAGAGGGAACAAGUUACUGCUUCAAUUUUUCUAUCCAAAAAUCAUCCCUUUUUUUUUUUUUUUAACUCUUCCAUUUAAAUUUGUUUACAAUUAAAUAGAUUUGCCGGUGAAAAUGUAUGGUUGUGUGUGUGUGCGUGCGCGUGUGUGUGUGCGAUUCUCCUGUUAAUAUAACAAUUUUGGAUCCCAAGUCUAAAAAUUUAAUUAUUAAAUAAGGGGAACAAAAUGUUAUUUUAAUAGAAUAGUGUCUCUGCCAUAAAAUAAGUUCUUAAAUAAGCAUUGUAAUAGACUUUUAAAAUAAAUCUUGCUGCAUUGUUGUAUACCUGCCUUGAAAUUAUGGCAUGUACCUAUCACUUAUUAAUGCUUUAAUUUUUGCAACUAAAUCUGUAUCAGCCGUACAUUUUUAAAGAUUAAGAGAAGAUAAAAUCUGUAAUCUGAUCUUUAUUACAUUUUAGAAACCACUUUAAAAUAUAUGGUCUAUUUUGUGACUAAAAAUCACAAACCGCUCAGUUUGUAUUUGCAAGGCAGGUGCAAUUGCUGCCUCUUGACUUUAGCCCCACUGAGCUAACCAAACCAGAAAGUAAAAAGCCAGGGGUGUAACCAGGUUAAUUAAUAAAAGUGGAGAUUUCUAUUGAAAUCUGCACUUUUUUAAAUGUAAAAAAAGAGGACUCAUUCUUCAUACAUAGAGCACUUCAACAAACUAAAUUCCUUUAGUGGCUUGGAGUGUUCCUUUGAGGGAUAUAUGCGUUCAGUGCUGCCGACUGUAACUUGUCAAUAUCUGUAUCAGACCCAGGAACCCCUUUAUACAUAAAAUUAUACUCCAAGUCUUAAACCCCCGUCCUGGCCUUAUGUUAGUGGAUCCUUUGAACAAGACUUUUUUUUGACACAGCAGUUUAUUGAUGCUGUGAUCGUCUGAACGUAACACCGUUAUAGUGCUUUGUAUGGUAAUGGUUAAAUAUAUAUACACAUUCCGCUGCCUUUUUUUAUAUACAGUAAGCUAUUUUUCAGACCAUAUGCAAUGCAGCUUUCAUUUGUUCUAAAGUGAUGAAUGUUAGCUAUAUAAUGUGAUGUAAUAUAUACCUUCUAACCCCAUUAAUAAAACACUAUUAAAGCAAUGUUAUCACACUAAUGUAAAACCUUUUUUUUUUUAUAUUAAAAAAAAUACCACUCGCACAAGGUAACAAGGUAGAUGUGAACUGAUCCUUUCUGAUUUUAUUUACAUUGAGACAGGAACUGCACAUAUAGAAAAAGUUGGAUUGAUGAGUAACACAAUUUGUUUUUUGCGCGAACUCUGACUCAUUCACUAUGUCUCAAAUGGUUAUCUCUAUAUUUGAACACACUGAACUGAAUGUUUUUAGCAGCCCACUCCUGUCUCACAGGGGGUGAAAAAGCAUUUUUAAAUUAUUCUACACCGUAUGUUGUUGAUCAUUGCAAAAAGCGAUUGUUUUAUUUGCCAAACAGCCAUUCCAGCUAAAAUGUUAUCAAUGGUCUGCGCCUGACAAUGCACUGUUUAGCAAAUAAUCCUCUGUGAAUGGUUUAUUAAACCGGUUUUUGAGUUUAGUUUUCAAGGCAUUAAAUAUGGUUCAGUACUAGGUUACAUCAGAUUAUCUAUUGGCAAAAUGUUACAUAACCAUGUGUAUGUUUGAGCCUUAAAUGAUUUAUUGCAUAUUUCUUUGUUCAUGUAAGUGCCUAUUCGUGUAAUGUUUUUUCCUUCACGUUCUUCACAGCAGUAUCAGGUUAUUUUAUUGUGUUUAAAAGACUGGAGAAUCUCCUACCCUUAUAAAUGAGCUGAGGGUAGAGAAAUAAAUAAGGCAAUUGUAUUGAUCUUUAUGCUUUGUUCCUGGUUAUGAUAUGAAAGCAAUGAAGCACUCAGAGGGCAACGUGGAGUUUACGACACAAAUGCCCUGUGUGUCUUUAAAUGCAAGAUGGUGUGUAGAUUGAUCUCUCUUCACUAAAAAGGCUUAAUGUUAUUCAAGUCCCACUGACUGUCUUUCAUAUUGUUAUUUGUGGCUGAAUCUGAAUGUGAGGGACUUUUCAUAGGGACUAGGGACUACUUCUGCAUUCUGUACUAAAGCUAGCAUGUAAUGUAUUCAUUUAUUUUACAUUGUAAAGGGUCUGAGAGCCCAGUUAUUACUUAUGGAGCUGGGAUUUGAUAGAUAACUUGUUUCUGAAAUUGGUCAUAGCAUUUAUUUGUUUUCAUAGUUUGAAAAGAAAAAGACAAAACUAGCCUGGGCACAUUUGCCAUGCCUUAGGUCAGUCUGAGAGGUGUUGAUCAUAAUAUCUUUGAGUGCAGUGGCUGUUAUCACUAAGCCUCGCUUGCUUGUUUUUUGGUUGGAUCUCCUUUGGUGAACCUAUAAUUGUGUGUGUGAUCUUUUUGUUAAUGUUUUUCAAUAUUCAUGCAGUUUAGAAACUCAAAUGGUUAAAACAUGCUGCACAAACACACAUUUGUGUUAGUUUACAUCUAGAGUAAUGCUGGUCUCCUGAUUAUUAAUAACUUCUCAUACAGUUAUGGUGCCAUGAGUUCACUUCCUUCUCCCACCUAAAUUAUUCAAACAUUGCUAAUGGUUUAACUUUUUACUUAUGAUCUAUUGAGCACAUUUUCCUGAAUCAAGAAGAUAUCUUACCAUUGGCUGAGAGCGAUCUGCUGAUACUCUCGGCAAUAAGCUAGCAUGUAUUGCAGGGCUUAGCUUAGGAGAGCUAAUGAAAGCUCCUGCUAAGAGCUUUCAGUUCCCACUUUAAGCUACAGAGAAGCAGGGAGCAGUGCCCACCAGACUACUGGUAAGAAGCCAAACCGUUACCAAUCAAUUUGAUUACGUACAUGGGGGUGGGUUCCAGGUCACUCCGGGCACCAUAACCACUAUAGCCAGUUUUAGCUCUUUGAAGGCAGCUUCUGGAUGCAGAUAGAGGCGCCUGGCAGAUCCCAGGUAAGAAGUCAAACCAUUGACAAACCAUUUAAAUACUUACAUUGGGGUGUCUGGCAUCAUAACAUCAUGUACUUGUAGUGGUUAUGGUGCUUGUGGUGUUCUUUUAAGUCUUCAUCUAUUUGGGGACAAUUCACCAACUGGGAUGCCUGUUGGAAUUCAUGCAUAGUUUUCUCUUAAUGCCUGAUCAGAUUUCAUUGGCUCUUGUGCUACGUUUUCACCAUUUGAGCUUCUGAAUUGCCUGCAUUUUGAAGGUAUGCGAUGACUGACUAAGCUGCAUUGCAAAUACUUGCUGUUUCCAGCAUUCUGAAGAAAUCAAAUCUCUCCAAAUGUAUUGUCAUCAGGUAGAUCCAGAUGUUGUUUACCCUACAAUUUAGCCUUUGUCAAGUAAAUUGGGAAUUCUCAGAACCGGCCUGUGUUCAGCUCCGUUCAUUGAAAAUGAAUGCUCAAUAGUAACUGAUUGUGGCAGUUUCCUGCAGCUCUGAAUUGCUUGACAAAAGGCUAACUUUAGGAGUUUGUCUACUAAACUCUCAAUUGUAGCGAAUUGAAAUCAUGCAAAAUGUAGGUAAAAAUAGCUGAUGUGGAAAAAUUUUACAACUCUGCUAUAGUCACAGUUUGGCUGGUGUGUCCUUAAAGGAACACUAUAGUGUUAGGAAUACAAACAUGUAUUUGUUUUCAGAUAAAUUAUACAUAGUUUGAAAAGAAAAAGUGUUAUUCCUAACACUAUAGUGCUGGAGUGGCUGUUCAGGAUUCCUCCCCCCUCAGAUUGCAGUAAAAAUAUAUUAAACUUUUUCUCCAUCACUGUACCGGUCUCACUGCAGCUAUUGAGCAUGGAUGGUAAAACGCCACGCUGCACCAAUCAGCAUCUCGUUGGAGAACGUUCAGCUUCUCCAUGCAGGGUAUGCAGACACUGAACACAGGUCCUGCACACCGUGCAUCACGGAGAUAGGAAGCAAUUCUAGUGACCGCCUGAGUGACGGCACCUAGAGGUGUUACUACGCAGCAAUGAGAAAACGUUUUUUUUCCCACUUUUCUGUAAAGCCAGCGUUCACAUUAAAUUUCCUGCAAGGAGAAGCUAUAGAAACCAGAACCACUAUAUUAAACUGGAGUGGUUCUAGUGACUAUAGUGUACCUUGAAUUUGAAUAUCAGUUCACUACAAUUCAGGGUUAAGUGAAGAAACUUUCCAUUGUUAGGAAUAAGGAAAUGUUUCCUCUUAAUAUUUUUUUUUCUCAUGAAAGGAUAGAUAUAAAUUUUUAUUUUAUAAAAUUAUUUUAAAACAGCCAAACUGAAAAUACAAGCGAUAUGUUCAGUGCACAGUUUAGCAGAUAAACCCCUAUAAUGCUUUGCAAGAAUAAAUGCAUAGUGGUACAUCAAUGCUGUGAAUGCAUUUAACCUGCUGUUUUGGUUUCUGGUUAUGUCAAAUGUGCAUGUGAUUUCAUCUGGCAGCGAUUACUGGAACAUUUUGUAUAAUGAAAAGUUCAAUAAACAAAAAAAUAAAAAUAAA